AACAAAAUAUUUAUUUUCAACCAAAGUAUCUACACUGCAUAAAGUUUAAUAAGAUUAUCUUAGCUUGGUAGAAUAAUAUCACUCCUUAUUCAUUAUUUUGUGAUUAGAUUGCGAAACAUAAUGGAAAAUCUUUCGAAUGAUGUUGAAAAGUUAAAUUUGAGUAGUUCAUCUGAUGAAGAGUCUUCAGAAGAGGAAGAGAUGGCCGAAUUCCCUGUGGCAAUGUGGGAUUUCAAUCAGUGUGACCCAAAGAAGUGUUCAGGAAGAAAAUUAGAACGCAUGAAAUUAAUAAAAUCUUUGAAAAUUAAGCAAAAAUUUCACGGAGUAGUUUUGACACCACUAGGAUCUAAAUGUGUUAGUCCUGCUGAUAAGGAAAUAGUUUCAAAUAAAGGUGUUUGUGUUGUGGAUUGUUCAUGGGCCAAAAUAGAUGAAACGCCAAUUGCAAGUCUAAAAACAACCUGUGGUCGAUUGUUGCCAUUCUUGAUUGCAGCAAAUCCUAUAAAUUAUGGAAAACCAUGCCAAUUGAGUUGUGUAGAGGCUUUAGCUGCAACAAUGUACAUUGUUGGAUUCAAAAGUAAUGCAAGGUUUUAUCUUAAUAAAUUUUCUUGGGGACAUUCCUUCUUAGAACUAAAUGAGGAACUUUUGGACAAAUAUUCGGAGUGUGCAAAUAGUGAAGAGGUUAUAGCAGCUCAAAAUCAAUACUUAGAGGAUAUCAAAAAAAGCCAACAACAACGUAGAGAUAUGCCAGACUUUCCUCCUUCAGAAAGUGAAUCAUCUGAUGAAGAAGACUGAAUAUGAAUGAAAAAAAAACUCGAAUCAUGAGAAAUCAAUGGAUCAAAAAAUAUCAGAUUGGAAAUGCAUGAUUGGUAGAUCACUAAGAAAAUUGGAUUACCAUGUUGCAACAUUGACUUCUUUACUUUAAUGAAAGAAAAAAUUUUUAUAGAAUACCUGAAAUCCCAUAAAAUAAACAUUUUAUGCAAUACUUUGAGAAAAUGAUAAAUAUAAUAAUUUUUGUUUGA